CCAGUAUGAGGUUUCUCAGUGAUUGAUAGAACGUCUUCAGGUUGGAGUUUGUGCCUUAUCCUAUCUAUUGAUAAUGUGAUAUCAUUCAGUCCACUUUGUAUUAGUGUUAAAAACCGUUUAAAGUAGUGACGAAUUGAAAAAAUGGCGAACACAGAAAGUCAAGGAUUCAAAUCGGUUCCGGAAGGAAGUGUUGUUGUGAUGGAACUUUUCCGGCCAAGUAAUAGUAAUUCUAAGCCCAAUGGUUCAAUUUUCGAUCGAGCACCUCCAAGUGAAUGGAAAAUCAAAUGGCCCAGAAAUAUAGAUUUUCUAUUCGUCUGUACCGGAUUCUGCGCUGGCCUGGGGAAUUUUUGGCGAUUUCCCAGUAUAGCCCUUCGCUACGGUGGAGGAAGUUUCCUUCUAGCAUAUUUGCUCGUACUACUAAUUGUGGGCGUACCAAUAUUUUACUUAGAAGUUAUUAUGGGACAAUUUGUUAGUCGAGCAGGUGCUCGUGUUUUUGAUUGUGUACCAAUUGUACGAGGCUUAGGGUAUGGUCAGAUCUUCCUUUCAAUUGUGAUUGCCAGUUAUUAUUCAGGGAUAGCGGCAAUUUCAGGAAAAUAUCUCAUAUCAUCGUUUUAUCGAAAGCUUCCUUGGAGUAUAUGUCCUGAAGAAACGGAAAGUUAUUGUUUCAACGCCACGGAUACGCGAAAAGUAUAUUAUUUGGAUGGAAAUCGCAGUUCAGCUGACUUGUUUUAUGAGUAA